AUGUUAUACUCUGUUAACCACAGAAGCCCAAAGGUCCUUCCCUAACUAACCUGAGCCUGCAUUCCCACCUCUCACAGUCUCCGUUUCCUCUCAUGUUGGACAGCGAGGAGCCAUGGAACACAGCAGAAAUCACCCAGAGGAUUUCCCGCUUAACGUGUUUUCUGUCACUCCGUACACACCCAGUACCGCCGACAUCCAGGUGUCCGACGAUGACAAGGCAGGGGCCACCUUACUUUUCUCGGGCAUCUUUUUAGGACUGGUAGGGAUCACUUUCACUGUCAUGGGAUGGAUCAAGUACCAGGGUGUCUCCCACUUUGAAUGGACCCAGCUCCUCGGGCCCAUCCUUCUGUCGGUCGGAGUGACGUUCAUCCUCAUCGCUGUGUGCAAAUUCAAAAUGCUAUCCUGCCAGAUGUGCACAGAAAACGAGGAAAGGGUUCUGGACUCAGACCAGACUUCCGGAGGACAGUCGUUCGUUUUCACCGGCAUCAACCAGCCCAUCACCUUCCACGGGGCCACUGUGGUCCAGUACAUUCCUCCUCCUUACGCUUCUCAGGAGCCCUUGGGGAUGAACGCUGCCUACCUGCAGCCCACCACGAACCCUUGCGGUCUUGGACCUUCCGGCGGAGCAGCGGCUGCCACACUAAGUCCCCCUCAGUACUAUACCAUCUACCCUCAAGACAACGCUGCGUUUGUGGAGAGCGAGGGUUACCCGCCUUUUGUGGGUGCUGGAAAUAACAGGCCCAGCUCUGAUGCUGACCAGCUAGAAGAGACGCCGACGGAAGAGGAGAACUGCGUGCGCUUCUCUCCUCCCCCUUAUGAGGAGAUAUACUCCCUCCCUCGCUAGAGACUGCAGUGCUACGGGACCGGACGGACAUUUCAGUCAUUGUGACUUGAGACGUGGGGAGUUUUUAAUGUUCGUAAUCUUAAGAAGUUAGAUGCCGAAGCAGCUCCGGCAACCUUACAGAUAGAAGCCAGUCAAGGUGGGAAGGAAGUGUCCCAAGACUGCUAAAUUAAGGUGCCCUGGGUAAAUGCCCUUGUGCCCCACAGCUUUGAAUUCGCUCCCCCUAAGAAAGCCUCUACAGCUGGAAG